AUGCCAUACGGAAUGCCAUGGCCAGCUGGUGUCCCUGACACUUCAAAGUACCAGUACAAAGUGGAGUCGCAAUUUCUUGUUGAGUCCGACUGGCACAGGAUCGAUGACACCGAUGAUCCUCGACCGGAAGCUGUGCUGAUUUGGCUAGCCAACAACGAGGUCUACCUGUGUGGACGCAAAGACAUCCUCUAUGGCGACAGUGACAUCUACUAUGUGAAGAAACACUCGAUCUACAUGGCUGAUGGCCAUUGGGCAGCUUGCAUCGAAGCGUAUGGUGUCUGGGAAUGUGAAGAUGUGGUCAUUCAUUUCCAGCUUGUGGAUGAUGGCCAAGCGCAGUGA